CCUUUCGACCCAUCAAUACCAAAGAACAUAGGUGAUUUGAUUUCUACUUCUACAUCACAUCUCUCCUUUUGCUUGAUGCUGGCGUCGAUGAGUGGAGAAAUCUGAGGCAGAUUAGUGGUUUUUAGGUACUUCGUGGAGCUAAGAGAAUCUUGAAAGCUAGAGGAAGUAGUUUACUUUAUCAACCUGGUGGUAUUAAGACAUCGUUUGGAGGCUGAAAAUGGCGAUGCAGACUGCUUACCUGAAAGAACACGAAGGAAUUGUUCACAAUUCUGUUGGACAGUUGUCGUCUGGAACUUCCGCUCCAUGGUGGAAUGGCUUAGGAUCUCAACCAGUUUAUGGAGAUUAUUGUGGCCAAAACAAGCCCUUUUCGUUGGAGUUUUCGAACUACAUCGACCCAUUUGCUGGUGGUAAGCAAGCAGUACGAGGAGCUGAGCCAGUGAUCGAUAGAGGACAUGCAACCCAGUUUUCCAUCUUUCCAGAUGAAUGUAAAAUGUUAGGCGAUGCCCAAAAUCCUCAGCCAGCCAUAGGACUGCAGCCAUCACUUGCUGAGCCCACCAACAAUUUCGACAUAGGGUUUAAUCAGCCUAUGAUGUGUGCACCAUAUCCCUGUAUGGAGCAAUUCUGUGGGAUCUCAGCUUACGGACCUCAAAUUUCGGGACGUAUAAUGCUUCCGCAUAACAUGGCAUCUGAUGAUGCACCAACCUUCGUGAAUGCUAAGCAGUACCAUGGAAUCAUCAGACGAAGGCAGUCACGUGCCAAGGCUGUUCUUGAGAAUAAACUCAUCAAACGUCGCAAGCCUUACAUGCAUGAGUCACGCCAUCUACAUGCAAUGAGGCGACCAAGAGGAAAUGGUGGUCGUUUCUUGAACACAAGAAACUCCAAUAAUGGAAAUGGUGGAAAUGAUUCUGAAGUGAAUAACAUGGGUGGCCUACAAUUUCUGUCCAGCGCCUCUCAGAGUUCUGAAAUGCUGCAAUCUGAUGUUGGAAUAAAUUCACCAAUGGAGACAGAUGAAUGCAGUCCAAACAUGUCUAGUACAGAAGUGAAUAGCAUGUUUUCGAGGGAAGGUUUCGAUGGCUUUUCUGUGAAUCCUCUUGGAUCUUCGGUUCUUCCUCUAGGAUCUCCUGUGUAUCCUCUUGGAUCUUCUGUCCAUUCGUUAACUAACUUGGUAGGUAGUGGAAAUGGUGUUAGCAUGCCCACUAGAUGGGCUUAAUGUGUUUGAUUUUCUAGGAGAACAAGUGGGUUUGGUGUGAUGUUGCACCGAACACGCCCCUUGAAAAAGACCAGAUGAAGAAAUUCUCUUGCACUUUUCUAGUGUUUAUUGUGACAAAUUUAGUUCUGGAAAACUUCGUUCUAUCUGAUUUAGGGAAACCAUUCUUGGCUAAGCUUAGGCCAUUCAUCCAUGGCUCACCAGAUUCUGCAAAGGGCUUCCAUGACAUGGAUGUAUUAUACAUGGUAAUGGCCAUGCAGUCUACGUGAUGUCUGUGCUAAAUAACGUUAAUUCUGAGUGAGUGCAAGCUUUUAGUUUGGUUCUGAAUUUCUGACUUUGUGUGGAGCUGUGUAAUAUGCAUCUUAGA